AUGAUAAAAACAGGUUUUUUUGCAUUUUCACCAAGUUUUAAGUAUUAUCCUUUUUUUUUCGCUUUAAAACGGGUAACAACAGGAGUUUUUGCUGCAAGUUUUUCUGGACUUUUUUUAUAUUAUUAUACGGAUUCUCGUGCAGCAAUUCAUACGUAUGGCACAUGUUUAUUAUUGAGGACGAUUGUUCCGCCUGAAUUGGCUCAUAAUUUUGCCAUUAAAGCUAUUCGUUGGGGUUUGGCUCCAUGGGAUAAGAAAAUAGAUGAUUCAUCAUUAAUGUUAAAUGUAUGGGGAAAAGUAAUAAGUAAUCCGGUAGGUCUUGCAGCAGGUGUAGAUAAACAAGCAGAAGCAAUAGAUGGACUUUUUGACCUUGGAUUUGGAUACGUUGAAGUUGGAUCAGUGACACCAUGCGCUCAACCUGGGAAUCCACCUCCUCGCUUUUUUCGUUUGAAAAAGGACGCAUCUGUUAUUAAUCGAUAUGGAUUCAAUUCAGAUGGACAUGAUGUGAUUGCACGACGUUUACAUGACCGCAUUUCUAAAUAUGUAUUUAAAAAUUAUCCAGAUUUAGGACAAAUUCCACAUUUUUUAGUACAGUCUGCAAGAAAUAUUGAAUUGGUGAAUUUUUUAAAUAUUCCAAAAAGUCUUAGAAAAAACAAAUUAUUAGCUGUUAAUUUAGGGAGAAACAAAAAUUCUGAUGGAAUAGAUGAUUAUGUAAAAGGUGUACGUCGUUUGGGCCAGUAUGCAGAUGUUUUAGUUAUUAAUAUAUCAAGUCCUAAUACAUUUGGAUUACGAUUAUUGCAACAAAAAAAAUACCUUGAAACACUUUUAUCUGCCGUUGUUCAAGAACGGGAUCUUUUACCUGACCCAAAACCUGCAUUAUGUAUAAAGAUAUCUCCUGACUUGAAAGAUUUAGAAUUACAAGAUAUUGUUGAUGUUAUUUUAAAGAUACCAAUUGAUGGUGUAGUUGUUUCAAAUACUACAAUACAGAGACCAAAAAAUCUUAAAGAAGAUAAAUUUUUGCAUGAACAAGGAGGUCUUUCAGGUCCUCCUUUAAAGCUAUUAGCAUUAGAUAUUAUAAGAUUUUUACGAGGAAAGCUACCUGAAAAUUGUCUUAUUAUAGGUUGUGGUGGGAUUUCAUCAGGUAAAGAUGCUAUUGAGUAUGCUCGUGCUGGUGCUUCUUUAACUCAAUGUUGUACUGCAUUUGGGAAAGUUGCAAUUGUACAUAAUAUUUAAUAUUUAACAUGGACUAGUUAUGAAGGGCCUAGAUUCCCUAGACGUUUAAAAGAUGAAAUUUUUAAUGAAUUAAAAGGGGAAAAAUGGGUCGAUAUCAUUGGCAAAGAUAAAGGAUAAUUAAGAAUUGAACUAGUCAAUAUGUUAUGAAUUUCAAAAAAAUACAAAAAAACUAUUCAAAUCUACUUUCCAAUGGUUCUUCAUUUUUUCCAUUUUCUUUUUGUCUUUUUUCCCUUAUUUUUUUCAAAAUAAGACCCAAAGAUAUCAUUAAUAAUAUCGUUGUUAUUAUAAAGACUAUAAUCAAAACAUAAUAAUAACUUUUUUUAGGACGAGGCUUUUCUAGAGCAAUUUGCUUAGUUAGAUUCGAGGGCUUAAUUUUAUCCGUAUCUUGCAUUAUUGCAUUAAGAGUUCUCAAAAUAUCUUUUUUGUUUGAUUGAAUAUACAAUCCAUCU